CAGCCACAUUUUAUUCAAAUCCAGUUAAAUAUAACAAAAUGAACAAGUACUUGGUUUGCUUCGCCCUCUUCUUGGCCGUCAUCUGUUGCCUGUCUGCGGUAGAAGCCGCUCCUGCUCCCGAACAGCUGCUCGAUUGGCAAACCGCUAUUCAGAAGAUCAUCGGUGCUUACGAGAGGCGCUACCCUGGACCAUCAAAAGUCUACCCAGCAGAGGUCGCUCAUGUUGUUGAUCCCAAUCACCUCUACCUUAACUAAUUAGUUAAAUUACUUUAGUUGUUGGAUCGCUAUUUUAAUUCAACGACUAUCUAUAGUUGCUGUGUGUUCGAACUUUAAGGCUUAAUGUACCUAAAUAAUGUAAAUUUAAAUUA